UUUCCCAGCCCAGGACAGAUGAUCCCGGCAGCCUGCAAUGGCAUCGGGGCAGUGGUGGGCGCUGCUGAGCAGUUCCAGGUGAUCUUCCCCCUUUGGGGGGCCCCAGGGCGUCACCUCAUUCCGCUGCCCACGCUGCCCGGACACCCCUUGACUCUGGCCGGAGCUGUGCAAACUCGGGCUCUUCUUGGACAAGGACCAGGCCACACUGGAGGCCCAAAUCCUGGCACAGGAGGGGGCCAGGGGCAGUUACCGCCAGUGCCUGCACUGCCAGCACCUCGUCCAGCGCCUGGACCCCAGGAUCCUGCGCACCCCCUGCCUGCCUUGCUCCCAGCGGGCCGGGGGGCUGUACUGCUUCUGCUAGGGCUGCCGCAUGGAAUGGAGGGACCCCUCAUCCAAUGCUGACUCGUGAUGCCCCCUACAGGCCGUGCUGCAUGAUGCCCCCAAGAUUGUCCAUCGACAGCCACCCCUUGCUGCAGGCCUGUCCCUGUUGCCACGCCCUCCUGAGCAACAUUGGGAAAGGCUGCCCCCUGGUGGUAUGCCCUGAAUGUGGGUUCCCAUUCUGCUAUCACUGCCUGGGACUGGCAGCUGGUCUGCGGGGGAGGGACCCUAACUCCCAGGGGGAGCCCUGCAGUGCCCCAUGUCAUGGGCUGGAUCCAGGGGCUUUGGAGAGGGGGGAUCUGAGACAAGGGGGGGGGCUGCUUUGACCCCACCAGGGCUAUCAGAACUCAAGGCA